AUGGCCGGCCGCACCGUGCGGGCCGAGACCCGGAGCCGGGCCAAGGAUGACAUCAAGAAGGUGAUGGCGACCAUCGAGAAGGUCCGGAGAUGGGAGAAGCGCUGGGUGACUGUGGGCGACACGUCCCUUCGUAUCUUCAAGUGGGUGCCAGUGGUGGACCCCCAGGAGGAGGAGCGACGGAGGGCAGGUGGCGGGGCAGAGAGAUCCCGAGGCCGGGAGCGUCGGGGUAGGGGUGCCAGCCCACGAGGGGGUGGCCCUCUCAUCCUGCUUGAUCUCAAUGAUGAGAACAGUAACCAGAGUUUCCACUCGGAAGGCUCCCUGCAGAAGGGCACGGAGCCCAGCCCAGGCGGCACCCCCCAGCCCAGCCGUCCUGCGUCGCCUUCCGGACCCCCGGAAGGGGUCCCGGAGGAAGCUCAGCCCCCGCGGCUAGGCCAGGAGCGAGAUCCCGGGAGCAUUCCUGCAGGCGGCACCGAUGAGCCCCCAAUGCUGACCAAGGAGGAGCCGGUCCCAGAGCUGCUGGAGGCUGAGGCCCCCGAAGCUUUCCCUGUCUUUGAGCCAGUGCCACCUGUCCCCGAGGCAGCCCAGGGUGACACCGAGGACUCGGAGGGUGCCCCCCCACUCAAGCGCAUCUGCCCAAAUGCCCCCGACCCCUGA